AUGUUGCAACAACUAUCUGAUGAAAGCGCCAAGGCCGGCUUGACAAUGAACUUAACAAAAACUAAAAUUAUGACGAACGCUCAGGAAACAGUAUACCACGAACAAAUAACAGUAAAUAACGAAGAAAUAGAGUAUGUAAAGGAAUAUAUAUAUUUGGGCCAACUGAUAUCUACAGAGGAUUGCAUGAAAAAAGAAAUAGAACGAAGAAUAACGAAUACCUGGAAACGGUUUUGGUCACUUAAAGAAAAAGCGUUUUUUAACCAAGGAACACCGGACGAAAGUGAAAAUGAAAGGGAAGAAGCUGAAGGUAUCGUCAACCGAUAUUUGAAAGAGUGUAUAGGAUCCAUUGAAGGCUAUUAA